AUGGACCUCGAUGCCGAAAUCGAUCAUGUGGACAGAGUCCGAUCAAGUCUGGCAGAAAACCCGACUCUUACUGCAUCGCAAGAGAAUACCCUUUCAACCAUAAUCGAUCUCAUCAAAGAGGAUCCUGUACAACGCAAAAAACACUCUGAAGCUACGCGAAGUAGGCGCAAAUCUGCUCUUGCAUUAUUGUCAGCCAUUAGCAGCCACCUCGGUGGCGUGGUCCUCUUUCUCUGCAGCACCGCAUUGUCCAUUACCAAGCUCUACAGGAUCAAUCAACACCACAUUCAAUUUAUGUCCAAAUUAGAAGCCUGGGAUAAGCGUGUCAAAUUCACCGAUGCUGUUGUUAGCCUGGCGCACAAAUACUUUACACCCAGUCUACUCUCGCGCCUAAGUAUUAACUCGAUUGCUAUUAUCCUGACCUGGUUAUUGACCGUCUGCGCUGUUCUAGACUCCGAUGAAGCUCGUACUACGCAUACAAACCGAAGAGCUCAUUCCGCAAGUCGUGUAACUAAGCGGCCUCGAACCGAUCCAACUUCAAUCGAGCACGUAGCUGUUCCAAGUUAUCAUGGCGUCCUAGAUCUCGCGAAGCACCAACCAUUGAGCAAAACAGCGACCGAUGAUUAUAAUGAUGGCGGCUGUAGAGCCUGUAGUGACAAUAGCGAUGACACAGAGGGAAGUGAGGACAGUGACGAGAGCGACUCGGGAAAACGACCAGCUGCGGAGGUUUUUGUAGAUAACCCCCAUACAACGGUCGACAACGAUGUACAACUUUACUCGAAUGUCUACGAGUUGCAAGAUAUGGAUGUUAUUCGCGUUGUCGCCAACCAACGUGAAGACUUUUCAACUGGUAGAAUUCUGUACCCCAAAGAUUUUACCGACUCUACAGGCGCCAAAGCACACAACUUCAACCUCUUCGUCAAAGCAUACGAUCACCAUUCCCUUGUUAUCCUGUCCGACCAUAUCCAGAUACGUCUUGGUCAAACGUUCCGAGAACCAUACCGAGCCGCUCGAUUGAUCCACAUCCACGACCAGGGCAACAUAAUUAUCAUUAGGGAUUUGUUCGUCGUCAAACUCAUGCCACACCGGCGGGGAGCAAGACUGCUUGGUCUAGAGACGUUUUAG